AUGGAGGUGAGGAUACAGUUGGAAGACAGCGGAUCUACAGAUAGUACAGGCAGGCCAUCUCCCAUACAAGCGGAGUACCUACCUGCGUGUGACCACUCCAGUCAGGGCGAGAUGGCACGCCCGCAAGUUGCUUUAGUUCCUAGCCAUUUGGCCACUCCGCCGAUGUUGUGGACACCACACGAUGUUAAAUCCUGGCUGGAAUUCUGUGUGAAAGAAUUCUCCCUACGGCCAGUCUGCCUUGACAAGUUCGACUUAAAUGGGAAGGCCCUCCUGUUGUUGACCAGAACUGAUUUCAUCGAAAGAGCACCUCAUGCUGGAGACAUCCUUUACAAUGUUUUCCAGCGCUUGCUUCAGCAGGAAGGUCCUGCUUACCUGAGAUCGCCCAUCUUCCUGCCGGCACCUGCACAUUUUCUCUCACCUGGCGCAGACACCUUGCCAAGGCCGUUGCCAGCACAAAAUGGUCGAUCUCUGUACAUUCCUAUACGCCCACAGCCGCAAGCGCCUGUCUGCAGCAGCAUCAGCAAUGCUACCUGCUCAAACUCGGGCAGCCUAAUAUUUUCUGUUGACGAGGAGACCAGCACUGGAGGUCCUGGAGUGCCUG